CCCACCCUCGGCCAGGAACGGCGGGGUGCUUACGCCGUAUUGUUAUAAGCCUUGACGACCCGCCUCAACAAAUGUGAGAGUAAUCAUCAACAACAACAACGAGCCGCCCACCAUGCCUCGUGUCCGCAUACCUCUAAGCUUGUCUCAUGGCCGCAGAGCUGUGAUUCCAUCUGCGAACCCGCAAUGGGUUGCUCAGCGAGCUUACGGCACAGUCGUUGAUGGCCCAGUCGCCCAGUCGAGUCAAGCUUCCACGUUUGAAAAGGCGGUCACGGCGACGGCUCCAAGGCAUAACUGGACAAAGCAGGAGAUCAAGGACAUCUACGACACGCCUCUCAUGAAGCUUGCCCACGCUGCUGGCGCCGUUCACCAGAAAUUCCACGACCCAGCCGAAAUCCAGAUGUGCACGCUGAUCAACAUCAAGACCGGCGGCUGCAGCGAGGACUGCUCCUACUGCUCACAAUCCUCGCGCCACAACACCGGCCUCGAGGCCUCGAAAAUGAUCCAAGUCGGGACCGUGCUUGCCGCUGCCCGCGUCGCCAAGGAGAACGGGAGCACACGCUUCUGCAUGGGUGCUGCGUGGAGAGACAUGCGCGGGCGCAAGACCAACUUGCGCAACAUCAAGGAAAUGGUCAAGGGCGUCAAGGACCUGGGAAUGGAGAGCUGUGUCACCCUCGGCAUGAUCGAUCUGGCGCAGGCCAAGGAGCUGAAGGAGGCUGGGCUGACGGCGUACAACCACAAUGUCGAUACGUCGCGCGAGUUCUACCCAAGUGUUAUCUCUACACGCACGUACGAUGAGAGGCUCCAGACUAUUGCGAAUGCUAACGAGGCCGGCUUGAGCGUGUGCACGGGCGGUAUCUUGGGACUGGGUGAGGAGGCAAAGGACCACGUCGGAUUACUCUUCACGGUCGCCACGAUGCCCACUCACCCCGAGUCGUUCCCAGUCAACACCCUCGUGCCAAUCAAGGGUACGCCGCUAGGCGACCGCGAGCAGUCUCCCUUCGACAUCACGCUACGCACCAUCGCCGCAGCGCGCCUGAUCAUGCCAAAGACCAUCAUCCGUCUUGCGGCUGGCCGUACGAUUCUGAGCGAGGAGCAGCAGGUUCUGUGUUUCAUGGCUGGUGCGAACGCGGUGUUUACGGGCGAGAAGAUGUUGACGACGGCGUGUAACGGGUGGGAGGAGGAUAACAAGAUCUUUGCGAAGUGGGGCUUGAGGCCUAUGCAGAGCUUCCAGACCGGGAAGGAGGAGGGCGCGUCGGCGCCGAUGAGGGAGGGAGCGGAGAAGAAGAAGAGCCAGGUUGAGUUGGGGAGGUGAUGUGAGGUGGGAAUGAGGAAUGCGGGGUUGGUUUAGCAUCUUGAGAUGACUCGAUGCUGCGUACAUAUUGGAUUAUCUAGAAAUGAGACAUCUGAUUUGAAAUUCAUCAU